AGUUUAUGAAAUAUUUUGCUGACAGGGUUGAAAGAUAAAAAUAUAUGUCUAGUUGGGAUUCCAACAAACUUUUCUUUAAGGUGGUCAGUGCUAAUCACUGCAUCACUGUCCUGCCCUCAAUUAKGGCCUCCUAUUUCCUCCUCAAAGUCGGUAUUUAUGCAAGAUGGGUGGGAUCAGAAACGGUCCCCGGUGGUCGAUGCCUUCAAGAAUUUUAACAAGUCCCAACUGCUCUCCUCUUCCUCCCUUYUGCAACAUUUCCACAAAGAGUACGAAGCAUCGUUUCUGCCAACACGACAAUAAGGUAGGUUUCUAAAUCUUAUUUUCCAGAGUUGUUUCUUCUCGGCGAUGACUCUCGCAGCCUGGAGCUUGAUGUGCGGACAGAUUAGACUAAAGUGGCCGUUAAUGACGGUUGUUUAGCUGUCUCCUCCACUUCCUCUGACAGAGUCUUCGUCCAGCAAUCCCUUCUCUUUCAGAUCACUCGCUGAGCAAAAUGGAGGUGAAGGUGUUUGUGAACGGCGUCCCUCGAAUGGUCUGUGGAGUCACGGAGGAAACCACGUGCCAAGAAGUGGUCCUGGCGUUAGCCCAAGCCUUGGGUCAGCCCGGACGCUACACCCUACGCGAGAAGUUUAAAGAUUUCGAGCGGUGCAUGACGCCCGASGAACGCCCUCUGGAGACCCUGAAGAAGUACGGCGAUCAAGCCAGGGAGGUCCAGCUCACCCUGCAGCUCAACAAGUCCGUGGUCUGGGACGAGAUGGGCAGAGUACAGGUGGGCAGGUACCAACCGUGCCCGCCGCUGAGGCGAAAAGAUCCAGGCGCCAGAACGAGGAGAGGCAGCAGCUCGCUGAUUCUGCAACGCCAAAGCUUGCCRCCGUUGACCUGUUUGAAGGAAGAAGGCGAGCAGAAGCAAGAGGAGCUGAAGAGGACUAAAAGGAAGUCCCUGACACUCGUGGAGGAGGCCUGGGAAUGGCUGGAGGGUCUGGGGAAGGGGAAGGUCUACAGCACGGCCCGUGAUAAGCAAAGCAAGAAGAGAACCGACAAAAGGAAUCGUGCCUCUUUGGAUUUAACCCUCGCUGUGGAGAAAUGUACCUCAGAGCAAACUGGCAGAGGUCAGAAAACUCCAAAAGCAGACCUGGACCAUCAAACAUCCUGUUGCAUCGGAAACCAGACCAGCGAUAAAGAWGGCAAACACUCGAAGAAAACCCAGGAGGUGAGGCUAGACUUCAAGUCGAGCUGCACGACGAUCGAUGACGAGAAAAACCGCCUGAGAGAAACCAUCAUUCAGCAGCUGCUGUGCCUGCAGGACCUGCAGGCCCAAAUAACACGCAUGGACAGACAGAUCUUUGAGCUGGAGGAGCGACAGAAGGCCAAAAGGGCCCAAGAGGACGCCUGCGCGAGAUUAGCCGAAGAGCAGAURAAAGUCUGGGAGAGCGAGUUGAAAGCGGAGGAGGGUUACGAGAAAGAUCUGCAGCGUCAGUUCCUGGAGCUGAGAGCCAAAGCUGGGGAGUGCAAAGCUCAGCUGGAGGGGUUUAAACACAGAAUGGAGGGCUUUGAUUCCUCAGGUGGUCCGGUCCAUCGGGAGGACCCAGACACGGCUGCAGAAGUUGGCGCAGACGCUGAAGUCCCAACGGGUUCGACCGAGGAUGGAAAUCUGGACGCAAAUGUUAACAGGAAGUUCCUGCCCAGGGAAGACCCCAACCCCCCUCCUCCYCCUCCUCCUCAAGCUCUGGUGCCGCCCAAUCAGAUAAAGGAGCGGCGGCUCACGGGACCCACCGAGAUAAAGGAGUGGUGGACUCGCUGGUCGGAAACCCAAAACGCUCAGACGCAGACAAAAAAGGUGAUUCACCGCUCGGAGCUGACCAUUUAUCUGGGAAGUACCAAGGUUUAGAAAACAGGAAGUUGAUGUUUUAUUGUAUUAAAGCUCUGAUUAUUCCAACAGAAUAUUAUAUAUUCAUUUCAGAAACUGUAAUAAUUGUACCAAACCUYCAAAAAUACAUUAUUUUACUUUUAUGGUAGCAUUAAAAAUCACAUCUGUGUAUUUUUUUUUCACUUUUUACUCCUAAAUAUGAAAAAAUGUUUUUCUGUGGAUGAGUUUGAGUUUACUGCUUUCCUUGACAUGAAUCAAAAUUAACUAAACUGAAAGUUUUUACUCUUAAAGAUUGAAACAAAGCUGGCGUUGAUAACAUCAAAAAUUCAUUUUAUGGACUGAAUUAAAACCAGGCGGUCAUUUUCUACAGUUGUGUUGUUUUUCCAAUCAUCUUAGACAAUCGAGUUCAUUUUCUCGCAUGUUUUUAGUGUUAUAAUCCUGUGCAAUUUCCCAAGAUGUUACGUUCAGAGUUUUGUAAGUUUUAACUUAAUACAAUCCAAUCACAUCAAACUGAUGAUUAAGUCCAAUUUGGACAGAGCGCAUUUUCAGACUCAUGGAUUAUUAGGGUUCCUGGAUCAUCCUGGUAUCCCGAGUGG